AUGACCGACCAGAGCCCCGCUGAAACACUCGAACAGCUCCGACAAUUGGAGCAAGAGAAUGGCGACCUGAAGACUCGUCUUGCCAUCAUCCGCAUAAGCGAACCUAUUUCUUCAUCAGAUGCUGAAAAUCGCAAUCCAUCGCCGUCCAAGCGUACCUCUGACGUUUCGGCCAUCGAUAAUCCCACGCCUGCUUCCCUGGAAGCAGAUUUGACACACUACAAGGAACUCUUUUCCAAAUUGCGCUUUUCCUAUGUUGAGCAAGUAACAAAAGAAAAGUUCCUACGAGCGAUCGUGGGCGAUCCUCCCCUGGUCGUCGGACACAAUGAAAACGUAGAGUUGGAAGGGCAGCUGGCAGAGGUGAAAGCUGAGCUUAAGUCACGCAAGGAGGAAGUCAGGAUCAUGAUUGAAGAUAUGGAGAAGAUGGGUCGGGAUCUGGCGAGUCGUGAGUUCCUUUUGUCCAUCAUGGCGCGAAAGCGGCCGCUAAAAUCGAUCGAGAACCUUGAAUCCACGAUCGCCGGACUGCGUGCGAAACAGAUCGCCACGAUGGGCACGUCAUCCUCACAAAACCUUCCACUGCCAGCGACGCUGUCUCUCUUGGCCGAGCGGGAGGCAGAACUUGCAGCAUUAAAUCGGCAACUUGCGGCAGUACAGAAUGCUCUGCCGCGCAAGACAAGAGAAGCCGAAGCAAUGGAAAGAGAAUUGAGCGUACUAGAAAGGCGCAGGAGCGAAGCAACCACACAAGCACGGGAGGCACAGAGAAUGAAACAGGAAGGCGAGAGCGACGGUCUCGAAGAGAUGGGCAGGUGGUACAGGAGUGCAGAGAAAACACUGAAAAGUUUGGUGGGUGUUGAGGGAUGA